UCAGUUCAAGAAGGUCAGAUACAGAGUCAGAGGAAACAUGGAUAUAAUUAUUGCCUUUUCACGGCAGGCUAUGUACGGUUUGGUUCUUCAUCAUCAUAGGUGUUUGAGAUGGAAACAGCUUGGAUCAAUUGUCUUAACAGGCGGAAGUCCCUACCACCCUCAAUUUCAUCAGUGUCAUCAUGAUGCUUCCAACAAUGACUUAAAUGGAAUAACACAGCAAGAAAUUAAAGAAGGCAAACAUAAAGAGAGAAGUGAUAUGAAUAUUGGAGAUAAUGGACUCACCCUUGCAACAAAGAAUAGGAGUGUUGAAUCACCGUCGUUAAUUGAAAAUCAGGAAAACACAACAAAGUCUGUACAUGUAGAUGGUGCUAAUUCGACAAGAUCAACGUCAGAUACCUCUCGGGUCAGUAAAAGUUCAAUGUCAAGUAGUACACAGGAUGAUAGUAUCAAGGGGAAGAACUCAACAAAUGACACGUCAGAGAAAACACUUCAUGAUGAUAAAUCUGGAAGAAAGGAGCCACCGGUGGCCCCAGAUCCUGAGACCUGCUGUGAAAGCGGUUGCGUGAACUGUGUCUGGAUCAAGUAUGCUGAAGAGGUCAAGGACUACUAUCCAGAUCAUCAAGAAAGAUUAAAAGAAAUUGUGGAUUCGAUUGAAGAUUACAAUGUCAAGAUGUUUGUCAGGAUGGAACUUGGCAUCAAAAAGUAGUCUCGCCCCCAACUAGACAUAGUACAUGUACUUCUACUUUUAC